GCCUGGACGUGCUCCAUGCGCGGCCCUAGAGGACGCACGCGGGCCCAACAUGAAGGCAUUGCUGAGCGGAAUAUGCUGGUGCGUGUGCGUGACGCUGUGCACGCCGAGUGUCAACGCUUCUUGGUGGUACAUGGGCAGUCUGGGCUCUCAGGUGAUGUGCGACAACGUUCCAGGGCUGGUGAGCAAACAGCGCCAGCUCUGCCGCCAGCAUCCUCGAGUGAUGCAGGUGUUGGGGGCCGGAGUGCAGGAGUGGCUGUCGGAGUGCCAGCACCAGUUCCGCCACCAGCGCUGGAAGUGCAACACAGUGGCGCGGGACCACAGCCUGUUUGGACGCCUGCUACUGCACAGUAACCGCGAGGUGGCCUUCAUCCACGCCAUCUCGUCGGCGGGCGUGGUCGACACGCUGGCGAGAGCUUGCAGCCGCGGCGAGCUGGACUCGUGCUCAUGCGACCCCACUAAGACGGGUUCUUGGCGGGACAGCAAUGGCGCCUUCACCUGGGGCGGCUGCAGCGAGCACGUGGAGCACGCCGCACGCUUCAGCCAGGCCUUCGUGGACGCCAAGGAACGGAAGGAGCGCGACGCCCGAGCCCUCAUGAACCUGCACAACAACCGUGCCGGCAGAAAGGCAGUGAAGCGCUUGAUGACGCUGCAGUGUAAAUGUCACGGCGUCAGCGGCUCGUGCAGCCUGCGCACCUGCUGGCUCGCCCUGGCCGACUUCAGACGCACCGGCGAUCACCUGCGCAGGAAGUACCACGCCGCCGUGCACGUGGCCGUGGACCAGUACGGCACCGGCUUCACACACCUCACAGGCGGGCGCUUGAAGCCCCCCGGAAAGAAGCAGCUGGUCUACUCGGAGGACUCGCCCGACUUCUGCAUAGCAGACCAGCAGUCAGGCUCGACGGGCACAGCCGGGCGCGUCUGCAACCGCACGUCCCGCGGCGCCGACAGCUGUGAGGUGAUGUGCUGUGGGCGGGGCUACGACACGGCGCGGGUCAGCCGCCGCACCAAGUGCGAGUGCAAGUUCCACUGGUGCUGCGCCGUGCGCUGCAGAGACUGCCACCAGGUGGUGGAGGUGCUCACCUGCAAGGGUCACACGUGACCGCGCCUCCAUCGUCAUGGUGAAGGUGUAGUAUUCUGACCACCGGGGGGUGCUGUAGAGCAGCGCUUCAACACCACAUUCCUGCUACAUUGGUUAUUUAAAGCCACUAGAGGG